UGCUUGUCAAUCAUAUAUAUUUAUAAUUUUUUUUAAACCAAAGCUUUGUCGUUCAUGAUUCACAUAUCCAGUGGAAUCGAUUUUACAGCAGCAGGAGGGUUUCAGAAAAAGUAAUUUGACAAGAUUAAUGCAAUUUCUCUAAAAAACCAUUCAACGGGUAUUAUACCAGGUACGAUUUAUUUGAAUGUUAUGUUUUUAUUUACAGUAUGUAUCAUGUGCUGUUAAUUAAUGAGAGUUUUUAAAGGAUGAAAUGAUACCCUUUCGUGAACGUUAAGGUGUUGCAAUUUUAUUAACUGAAACAACCAAAAAAGAGGUUAAACGUGGAAGAGGAGAACGCGUCACAUGGCUGCAGGCACCACGGUUCAUCAUUACUGUAUGAAUUACAGCUGCUCGGCACCAAGCCUUGGUCCAAGGAUGAAGCGAGGCAGAUUUAACAUCCAACUGAACAACCCAUCCCUUUCCACCCCCGAGAGGGCAGUAAAGAGACGCAGGAGCGGAGCUUCAGGUUUCCACUGGCACGAGCCCCACCUACCAGACAGUGUGGAGGACUGGGGGAACCUACCUCACCACGUGGUCCUGCAGAUCUUCCAGUAUCUGUCACUGGUUGACCGCGCCCGGGCUUCCUCUGUGUGCCGCCGCUGGAAUGAUGUCUUUCACAUCCCCGACCUGUGGAGACGAUUCGAGUUUGAACUCAACCAGCCGGCCACUUCCUACCUGAAAUCCACGCACCCAGAUCUCAUUCAGCAGAUCAUAAAGAGGCACGCACAGCACCUGCAGUAUGUCAGCUUUAAGGUUGACAGCUGCACAGAAUCUGCUGAAGCAGCAUGCGACAUCUUGUCCCAGUUGGUGAACUGUACAAUUAAGACGCUGGGUCUCAUCUCCACAGCAAGGCCCAGCUUCAUGAAUGUGUCCCAGUCACACUUUGUGUCGGCUCUGACGGUGGUGUUCGUGAAUUCCAAGUCGCUGUCAUCCAUAAAGAUUGAUGACACACCUGUGGAUGACCCAUCCCUGAAGGUACUGGUGGCGAACAACAGCGAUACUCUCAAGCUUCUGAAGAUGAGCAGCUGUCCUCAUGUGUCACCAGCAGGGAUCCUUUGUGUGGCAGAUCAGUGCCAUGGCCUGCGGGAACUGGCCCUAAACUACCACCUGCUAAGUGACGAACUGCUGCUGGCACUGUCCUCGGAGAAGCAUGUGCACCUAGAGCACCUGCGCAUUGAUGUGGUGAGCGAGAACCCAGGCCAGACACAGUUCCACACCAUCAAGAAGAGCAGCUGGGACGCGCUGAUCCGCCACUCACCCAAGGUCAACAUCGUCAUGUACUUCUUCCUGUAUGAGGAAGAGUUCGAGCCUUUCUUUUGUGAGGAGACACCUGUUACCCACCUGUACUUUGGUCGGGCCGUCAGCAAGGAGAUGUUAGGCCGCAUUGGGCUCAAUUGCCCCCGUCUAGUGGAGCUGGUGGUGUGUGCCAACGGGGUGGAGCCGCUGGAUGAGGAGCUGAUCCGCAUUGCAGAGCGCUGCAAGAGCUUGACAGCCAUCGGUCUUGGCGAGUGCGAGGUCACAUGCACUGGGUUCAUCGAGUUUGUCAAAAGGUGCGGUGGGCGACUCAGCCAGCUCUCCAUCAUGGAGGAAGUGCUCAUCCCGGACAACAGCUACAAUCCGGAACAAAUACACAAUGAGGUGUCAAAGUACCUGGGCCGCAUGUGGUUCCCUGACAUGAUGCCGACUUGGUAGACACCACCAGAACUCUGAUUGUCACAUGAGAGUUUUAAAAGACUGUUCCCUUCUAUUAAGGCAUGACCAUAUGUGGUUAAUUUGUAUGUAAAUGGAAAUAAUCAAAUUUACAUGAAGAUGUAAAAAAUAUACACUGAAAACAUUUAAAAAUUCCCUACCAACAGUUAUAUCAUGCCUUCCUGGAUUUAUACUGGAUGCAGUACCUUUUUAUUCAUCACAUGACUUCUGGUAGGAUGGUGUGUACUGCAAAUUAAAGCAGUCAUAUUUGGAAGGAGAUGUUUUAAAAUUUCACAGUUAUGAAUUCUGUGAUCCAUUUAUGGCAUCACUUCUAAAAGUAUAAUGGAGGCAGCUUGAAAGAAACUGAGUUGCUAAGCCAUAGAAUAACAAUAAUAAUAAGUGUUUCAUUAACAUCUCUUGGCUGUUUAUUACCAGAAUUUCAGCAAAUUAACCUUUUUGGAGGAAUUAUAUUGUUUUAGAUAAUCUGUUUAGUCUUAAAAUUGUGCCAGGACCUUAGAGUGUUUGUACAUGUUUGUUGUGUUGUUUCAGUAGUACAGUAUCGGUGGCAAUACUCUCACUGCUCACCUUUCUUGGACGCUUGUAAAGAAUUUUUUAGGGUAGUAAAAUAUAUUUCAUUGAAAGGCAUUUGGAUGUAAUUAAAUGUAUUCUUGUAUUUAAGGGGACAAUAUACAAAUAAAGUGAAUCUACUUAGAAACUUUCACACUUUCAGAGAUUUAAACUUGCCCAUAUGUCCAUUGUGCUGUACUGAAGAAUAAUUACGUUUCUGUGUUACCACAGUUUUUGCAUAAUUACCAUCAUUUAGACAUUUAAAAGUCAUAAUGGCUAAUUUUGAGUUAGACAAACCAGUUUAAAAAAAGUAGUAUCAUAUUUGUGAGUUGAGGACUUACUGCACAUCUGGAGUCAGUUUAUUGGUUUUCUAAAGAAAUGGUAAAGUGGAAGGUAUGAGGAUAGCUGAAGAAACAGAAAAUAUAUAUAUAUUAUUCACUUUAUAUUUUAUGUUUCACUUUUUAUUUCACCCCCUUCCUGUG